GCGCACGCGCGCUCGCUCGUUGAGGCCUAGUCCGACCUGGAGCUUGAUUGCGGACCCGGUCCCGGACAUUGGGGGGAAUGAAACAGGGAGAACGCUACCUCUUCACGCGGUGACACCGACUCUACUGGCAUGGUGUGCGAAUGUCACCUCCAGACGCCGAGUUUGUUUCCGUGCCGUGGGAGCUGACUUCAUUCGGUUUGCCGCGUUUUCUCUGGUUCUUGUUGAAUCCCCCCCCCCCCCCGAUGUCGGCCCUGCCCACACUCCCCCUGCUCAUCAACCUGAGCUGCUCGUUCCUGGGCUUCCUGGGAACCCUCAUCCUCAUCCCCGCCUUCAGGGAGCACUUCAUCGCCGCCAGGCUCUAUGGGAUCGACCUCAACAAAACCUCCAAACAGCAAAUCCCAGAAUCCCAGGGAGUAAUCAGUGGUGUUGUAUUCCUCAUCAUUCUUUUCUGUUUCAUCCCUGUUCCCUUUCUGCAUUGCUGGGUGAAAGAGCAAUGUAUCAGCUUUCCUCAUGAUGUGUUUGUACAGCUGAUUGGUGCACUCCUUGCCAUCUGCUGCAUGAUAUUCCUGGGGUUCGCAGAUGACGUCUUGAACUUGCAAUGGAGACACAAGUUGCUACUGCCGACCAUGGCAUCCCUGCCCCUUCUCAUGGUGUACUUUACCAACUUUGGUAAUACCAUGAUUGUCGUGCCAAAGCCAUUUCGCUUUCUUUUGGGUCUCCAUUUGGACUUGGGAAUCCUGUAUUAUGCAUAUAUGGGAAUGCUAGCAGUCUUCUGUACAAAUGCUAUCAACAUUCUGGCAGGCAUCAAUGGCAUUGAGGCUGGACAGUCUCUGGUGAUUGCCAUGUCCAUCAUUGUUUUCAAUUUAGUCGAGUUAAAUGGUGACUACAAAGAUGACCACAUAUUCUCCUUGUACUUCAUGAUACCAUUUUUCUUCACCACUUUAGGGCUUCUGUACCAUAACUGGUAUCCUUCUAAAGCCUUUGUGGGCGACACUUUCUGUUACUUUGCGGGAAUGACAUUCGCAGUGGUUGGGAUCCUUGGCCACUUCAGUAAGACCAUGAUGCUGUUCUUCAUCCCUCAGGUGCUCAACUUCCUCUAUUCAGUGCCUCAGCUCUUCCGUAUCAUUCCAUGCCCACGACACAGACUGCCAAGAUUAGAUCCUCGUACUGGAAAACUGGGAAUGAGUUAUUCAACGUUCAAAACUAAGGAUUUGCCUAGACUUGGAGAUUUCAUAUUAAGGGUGGCUGAAAAAUUCCAUUUGGCAGAAGUGACUCGUGGAAUUGGAGACAACAAAGAGUACAUACAGUGCAACAACCUCACUCUGCUAAACUUCGUAUUAAAGCUGAUUGGCCCUACACAUGAGAGAACCCUGACCAUUAUACUUCUGUUCAUCCAGGUCACUGGAAGUGCGUUUGCUUUCAUGGUCCGUUAUCACCUGGUCCGCUGGUUUUACGAUGUUUGAUUCUGAAUCAAAAAUACUUGAAAUAUAGUACGGAUUAUUCCUAUUUUGGGAGUGAGCUAUUUUCCUUAUUCCCCCUUACUACACCAACUCAGGGGAUACUGGAGAGUUAAUCACUGCUCUAGAUGAAUGUUUUUUUUUGUCUGUUUUAAGUAUCUAUUGUCUCAUCUUACAUAAUGUGCCCAAGAAUUAAGUUUGAAGAUUUUCGGUUCCAUUUCCUUAGAAAUUUUAGGAAUCAGUUGAUGGUAUAAGGAAGUUUCUGUUCAUGUAUUUUAAGGGAUCACUUGAAAUAAUAUGGCAAGAUGUUUUCUCCAGUUAGUGGGGAUAAUUUAAAUUCAAUGUAAAUUUUCCCUGAGCAUGCACUUGGUGUAUUGCACACCUCAUUGAUAUAUGUUCCUGUAGAAUUCAGUGCAAUAUUUAAGGACUUUAGUUUGCUUUACAGUGGGUAUAGUAUUUUGAACACCUUAAAACCAGAAGUCUUUGUCAUCUUCAGACUAAUUCUUACCUUCAAUCUUCUUUGUUCUAGUGAUUCUGGACUCUAAUGUGCUGUAAGGCACAAGCUCCUGUAUUAUUGCACUUCCCUGUUUAGACUUGGAAGUUUAGCAUCCUGAAUUAAAUUCAGCCAUAAAAUAUCUUUUCCAAUUCCUCAACAGUGUUAGCAUUUAAAUAGUGUCUGUCAUUGUUCGUGCACUGGAUCUUUGAAGGAAUGAAGAAUUUGAGAACCAAGAACAGUCCUCACUUAGACAAUAGUGUACACUGGCAGUAAGUGAGGAGAAAGCCCAUUCAUAUACCCGAGCCUUCUCCCAAAGAAUGUGCAGCUUGAAAUUUUGAAUAUGGUGUGACCAAAUAUUAAAAUGACUCUAUUGUCAAAACACUAGAUAUGAUAUCAGAGGGUAUGUCUGCAGGCUUAUGCAACAGGCAGCAUCCAUUUUAUAAUUUCAGGAAAAUAUAAAAGCAAACACAGGUGAAAAGGGUACAAUGCAAUCUGGUUAGGUGACCCAUUCUCCGGUGACUCUUACAACUUUCCAGAAUAUGCAAACAUUUUGGCAAUGUCUACAAUACAGUGUUUACAACUCUUGCAGGAUCGGUCAAAGAUAAUAACCUGGCCAGAAUGCUGGUGAAAUUGCCAUCCUGAUUUAAAAGGCAAAUUGCAUUCAAAAGGUAACGGUGGUCAAGCAGCUGCAACAAAGUGGUUUGUACAUUUAAGGCAUGUGAUAUUCCCAAAUGCCAUUGGCUGGUAAUGAGUCUGCUUUCGGCAGUCUGUUGCCAAGGGUAAAAAUCCAAAGAAAUUGCUUGCCACUUAAACAAAAUACCGUGGAUGCUAGCAAUCCAAACUGAUGUCAGAAAAUGGAAGCAUUCAGGCAAUAUUUGUGAAGAGGGAAACUGAGUCAAUAUGUUUAGGCUGGUCAUCCUGAAGUAUUGACUUCAUUUCUGUCUCCACAGAUGCUGCGAGACCUGCAGAUUGUUUACAGCAUUUUUGGUUUUAAUGCUAUUGUUUAGUUUUUUUUGUGUUGGGAAAACCAAGUGUUAUACAUGGAGACUGGGAAUGAAUGUAUGAGCAAAGCAUACAGUGCAUGAAAGUCAAAGAAAUGUUGCUUUGAAAUACAUCUAGCAUGCUUCAGGUGCUAGUAAUUUUUUUUAACAUUUUGGAAUUCAAAUCAACCUGUAACCAACUUAUUUGAAAAUGCAUAAAAUUAUUAUGUUGGUCUUGAUGGUACACACUAAUAACUAAGCUGAAUUUGGCACUGUUAUUUACUCUUAAUUUGCAUCAGAAGCAGAAAUCCUGUUGUCUGGAUAUUUUGAGUCUGAAAGAGACACUUUUCACUGUGAAGAUGAGCUGUUGCAGGCUAUGCACAUGGUUACUGAAGUUAUCUACCUACUGUUUAUAAGUCCUUUGUGUGAAUAAUUCACACCUUUGUUCAAUUGCUGUUGAUGUGGUAUGACGUCAGUUCAGUGCAUGGUAACUGAAAAGAUUAAUGAAUGAAUAAUUGAUUAAAGUGCAAGAGCAUAUUGCUUUUUAUGUGCUAGAUUAUACGAAUUGUGUGCGAGUGUAUAAUUGAGACUCGGAUACUCUGAAAUUUGGUUAAUAUAAAUGGCAAACAUGAGUCUGAGAUU